AUGUCGACAAGUUGCAAUGGCCACGAUAUCAACAGAUCAGAAGGUGGUCAAUCAGCCGUGAAAGGACCUGGCAGCGGUCUUGUUGCUAGCGAGGCUACCCUGCCAGACUAUGAGUCGCAGAUCCCAAAUCUUGCCACAUCCAACCCAGUCAUCAAAUACAUCAAAGCUCGCAAACCAGCUGAUAAUCCGCUCCUUCCACACCAGAAGCUUCGGCCUGCCACUCUUGUCGUACGAUCUGUCGAAAGCUCACCAUUCGAUUUGUUUGAACCAUCGACCAUGAAGGGCUUAUUACCUCCUCUGACGAACAUGAACGACCCGAACAAUAUUCAAACAUGCCAACAAUGCAUCCUCCUUCAAUCUACCCUAGCUUUGAACUCAAAGCAGUUGGAGGAUCAAGAGCUGUUCCACAACGUCAAAAUUCAAAGAGAGAAGGAGAUACACCAAGACGCCGAGAUACUGUGGGAAGCUGAACGCAUCAAGUUGAACGCCGACGCCGCCACCGGUAGACACCAGACAAUCCUUUGCCAGAACUUACACAUCGGCAUCGCAGAGCAUCGAGCAAUAAUCGCCCUCGCGGAGAAGGAAUUGGACGACGCUUAUGGACGAAUUGCAGAGCUUCAGAAUCUGGUCGGAGAGUUGGAGGGUCAGCUAAUUUGUAAAGGUACUAGGGUUGAUGAUGUUGAUCCUACCCGAUUUGGAAACGGCAGCAAGGAGUUGAAUCCAGAGACUACUGCUCUGAAUCAGGACUCAUCCACUAUUAGCCCAGACAACGAUGUUGAGAUGGUCGAGGACCUCUUACUUGCUUAGAAUCGCACACUCAUAGCCUCUGCACAUGGCCGGAUUUGCAUGGGGCCAAUGAUUCAAGGAAAGUCUAUUUUGGCGUCGUUUCGGGCCACAGUGCGUUUGUUUGGAGAAGUCUUUGAUUUUCCAAAGGUCGGGG